AUGAUAUCAACUUUGGAGCUCCGGCCUUUAGCAAAUGAUACUUACAUCGCUCAAUCUGGUUCACUCAAGCUUAACUUUCGCAUGUAUCUUAGCAAUUCCACCUUUAAUCUUCGGUACCCGAAAGAUGUUUAUGAUCGUACAUGGAUUCCAUAUUUUCAACCCGAAUGGACACAAAUUUCGACAACUGCGAAUGUGUCCAAUCAAAAUCACUAUGAUCCACCGCAAGCCGUACUUAAGGUGGCAGCGACACCUACUAAUCUCGACGCACCAUUGAUGAUAAAUUGGACACUGGAGAAUCCUGAUGAUCAGAUUUACUUGUACAGACACUUCGCUGAGAUCCAAGACAUAAAGGCCAAUGACACUAGAGAAUUCGACUGUGUAUUGAAUGGAGAAAAAAUUAAUACUCAAGUUUUUAGUCCUAAAUAUCUUGAAAUAAAGACAAUGUUAACCACAAUUCCUAGGGAAUGCAAAGGAGGUAUCUGCCGCAUGCAGUUGAUAAGGACACAGAGAUCGACACUUCCACCUCUACUUAAUGGUUUUGAAGUUUACUCAGUUCUCCAACUUCCACAAGCUCAGACAAACGAAAAUCAAGUCGUUGCUAUCAAGAACAUCAAAUCUACUUAUGGAUUGAGUAAAAUCAGUUGGCAAGGAGAUCCAUGCGUUCCCAUGCAGUUCUUGUGGGAUGGAUUAAACUGUAACAUCACAGAUAUCUCAACGGCACCAAAAAUAAUUUCCUUGGAUUUGUCAAAUAACACUCUAAGUGGAAUGGUGCCCGAGUUUCUAGCCUCUAUGACAUCAUUGUUGGUCAUAAACUUGAGCGGGAACAAUCUUAGCGGUUCAAUUCCUCAAGCUCUUCGCGAUAGAGAAAGGGAAGGGCUAAAGUUAUAUGUCCUUGGAAACAAAAAUCUUUGUCUAUCUACUACAUGCAUAGAUAAGCCAAAGAAGAAAUUUCCAGUGAAGAUUGUUGCGCCAAUUGCUUCCAUUGCUGCUAUUGUUGUCAUGAUGAUCCUUAUUUUUGUGUUCAUGAAGAAAAUGUCAUCAAGGAAUAAGUCUGAACCGUGGAUCAAGACAAAACGAAGAAGGUUUACUUAUUCAGAAGUUUUAGAAAUGACAAAGAACUUGCAACGACCUCUUGGUGAAGGAGGGUUUGGCAUCGUUUAUCAUGGUGACAUAAAUGGUUCAGAGCAAGUAGCUGUGAAACUACUUUCCGAAACAUCAGCACAAGGUUAUAAAGAAUUCAAGGCAGAGGUUGAACUUCUUUUGAGGGUACACCACAUAAACUUGGUUAGUCUUGUCGGGUAUUGCGAUGAACAAGAUCACUUUGCCCUCAUCUACGAGUACAUGUCCAAUGGAGACUUACAUCAACAUCUAUCAGGAAAACACGGUGGCACGGUUUUGAACUGGGGUAUGCGACUACAAAUAGCCAUCGAGGCUGCCUUGGGAUUAGAGUACUUGCAUAUUGGAUGCAAGCCAGCAAUGGUGCACAGAGAUGUCAAAAGUACAAAUAUAUUGUUGGAUGAAGAGUUCAAUGCCAAAAUCGCGGAUUUCGGGCUUUCAAGAUCUUUCCAAGUUGGAAACGACGAUCAAUCUCGAGUUUCAACUGUAGUUGCUGGUACUUUAGGAUACCUUGAUCCAGAAUACUACUUAACAAGUGAGUUGUCCGAGAAGAGUGAUAUCUACAGUUUCGGUAUCUUACUACUAGAAAUUAUCACAAACCAACGAGUGAUAGAUCAAACACGUGAAAGGCCUAACAUAGCGGAAUGGGUGACAUUUGUGAUUAAUAAAGAAGAUACGAGUAAGAUCGUGGACCCUAAACUUCAAGGGAAUUACGAGCCCCGCUCUGUUUGGAGUGCUCUUGAAGUGGCAAUGUCAUGCGCAAAUCCUUCUUCAGCCAAACGACCAAAUAUGUCUCAAGUUAUCAUCAAACUUAAAGAGUGUCUUGAAACCGAAAACGCGAGGACGAGUAGGAUCCAAGACAUGGACUCUCAUCAUAGUUCUUCGGCUGAGCUGAGAGUGACUGUGACCUUUGAUUCCGAUUUGUACCCUAAGCCAAGAUAG